GGGUCUCACUGGCUUGGACUUGAGAAGGUCUAUCAUUUGGCCCCCAUAACUAGAGACAGUUGGAUCCUGCGUAUUGAAUUAAACGGUGAUUAUUGCGAUGGUCAUGGCUGUAGUGGUCAAAGUGAUGGUUAUUGGUGGGCAGAGUGGCCGUUCAAGCUUGGUGACGCCUCGCAACUUUAUCUGCUCGAAAUAUGCAAAGUGAUCGGUGGUAAUCUAACAGAUGAAAAUUCAGAAGAUUUCUUGCAACGCAACAAUGGUCAUCCAUUCACAACCAUCGAUAGGGAUAACGAUGAUGCCGGCGUGAAUUGUGCUAAAUUCCGAAAUCAUGGUGGAUGGUGGCAUGAAAAGUGCGGCGGUGUUGCUUUGAAUGGAGUGUACGGCGACGUGACACCGAUCCAUCGUUAUAUGGUGUACGCAUAUCAGAGUCUGGCAACUGGCUACAGUAGAAAGGUUAUUCAUCCGAAGGAAUCUGUGAUGAUGAUCAAACCUAAAUUAUCAACCUAA